CCAACCCCUCCCUUCUGGAUUAAUGGAGGCUGUUGGAAUGACGUACUUGCUGCGUAUACAGCAGUACCUACCCUGAUCUCACAGAGAGCGGAUAACUAUGUUAAUUGAGAAAAUAAUGUGUUUAUUAUGUUUAUAUAUCAACUGUUUUAAUACAGUUUUGUAGAAAAUGUUUUGUGGGUAUCAAGGUUAUCGCUCUUCGGAUUCGAAGAGACUGGAAUCAAACGGAAAGAAACUCCCAUCUGUACAGAACGUGUCAUUGCUUUGAGUUAAAAGGCAAAGUGUUCCAUUUUUAUUUAACUUUUGGCGCAGUUUAUAUUUUCUACAAAUAUGGAAAUAGAAGAAGCAUUUCAAGUGGUUGGAGAAAUGGGGAUUUAUCAAAUGUACCUUUGCUUUCUACUGACAUUGUUAUUAACGUUCUAUGUUUCUACUGAAGCCAUUCUUAUUGCCUUGGUGGGGUUGGCACCUCCUUUUGACUGGGAUCUGGAGAGACAGUUCACCAACCAAAGCCUGACCCACAAAUCAGCUGAUGAAGAUCAGAUAUUCAGACACUGGCUGCAUGAAGCAAACCAAAGUGAAGUGCACAGACAUGUGCACUUCAACGGGAGUUAUACAUCAAUUACUUCAGAGUGGUACUUGAUCGGGGAUGCAGCCUACAAAGUCUCCCUGGCAAGCUCCUUUUACUUUGGUGGCGUGUUGAUGGGAGUACUCGCCUUUGGCCAUCUCUCUGAUCGUUAUGGGAGAAAGAAACUCUACCUCACUGGUUUGGCGCUUGAUAUCACGUUUGGAGUUACAAGCGGACUUGCACCGUCAUACCAGCUGUUUGCUGCCUCCCGUUUUCUGGUGGGCAUUAUGAAUGGAGGAAUGUCCUUGGUUGCCUUUGUUUUACUAAACGAGUAUGUGGGCACUUCCUACUGGGCACUCACAGGAUCUUUGGGCAGCUUGUUUUUCGCUGCAGGAAUUUCUGUGUAUGCAGUGAUGGGUUAUUUUAUUCACUCCUGGAGAAUGCUGGCUCUUGUCACUAAUUUGCAAGGGGUGCUUUUAUUUGUGCUGUCAGUGUUCAUCCCUGAAUCUCCACGCUGGCUAUAUUCACAAGGGCGCCUUAGUGAGGCUGAAGAUGUCCUUUACCUCAUCGCGAAGAGAAACCAUAAGCAGAAAUGCACAGUGUCCUUAAAACCCCCUCUGGACAGAAGAGACAGGCAGACAGUGGGGGCCCUGGACCUGUUCUGCCACAGGAUCCUUCUCAAGCGCACUCUUGUUAUGAUGUAUUCAUGGUUUGUGUGCAGUCUUGUGUACUAUGGCCUUACACUUAACGUAGGGAACAUGGGCGGGAAUCUGUACGUCAAUCUGGCUCUGUCUGGGAUUGCAGAGUUGCCUUCUUAUCCAAUAUGCAUCUAUUUAAUUGGUCGUAAAUGGUCUGGACGCAGAAGGACGUUGUCAGGAUUUCUGUUCUUGGGAGGUAUAGCCUGCCUCAUUAUCAUGUUCCUGCCAGAGAAACAAGAAGCAGGGGUGUUUGCAUAUGUAAAUAGCAGGUCACUGUCUUUGCUGGGGAAGAUGACCAUCAGUGCAGCCUUUAAUAUUGUCUAUAUCUACUCUUCAGAGCUCUAUCCCACUGUAGUCAGGAACAUUGGGAUGGGCAUGUGCUCCGUGGCAGCUAGGAUAGGGGGCAUCAUCGCAGCCUUCAUCCCUUCUCUGAAGUCACUCCAGUGGGCCUUACCUUUUAUUGUGUUUGGUGUUGCUGGCUUAUCAGCAGGAGUUCUGAACCUCUUGUUACCAGAAACCCUCAACACACCCCUGCCGGAGACCAUUUCCGACUUGCAUGCUGGCUCGUAUCGGAGACUCGGAGACGAAGGGUUGCCAUUGCAGGCAUUCAGCAGUGGAUUGGUAACAGAAAGCCCUGGAGAGACUGACGAGGAAGAAUACUUGGAUGUGAAUGAACAAACUCAAAUGAUCUUGUGAGCAAUUUAACUGGAAUUCAACCCUGUAAUACAGAGAGUAAUACAGAGAGUUUGCAGCACAAUAACAGCUCAAAUACAGCCCUGGUCUUUUGAGACAAAAAACACAAAGGGGGCAGUGAAAAUAAAUACUGACACAUAAUCCUCUGUCCACAGUUAUAAAUUGUAAAGAGCUACGGAUUAGUAUCCAGUGUCCUCUUUAGAAUUUGACAACACAGAAAGACGCAGGACUCCUGCUUCCAUGGGCUGCAAUGGCGUUGGUUUAAAACAAUAUUACGAAAGUCUUCAAAGUGUAGGAAAGAACAUAAGCUGCUGUAUAGAAAGACAAUUGAACCGGUGUCAAUCUGGUAUGUGUAAAACGACAAUGUAAAACUUUUUUAAGGUGCUGUCAAAUACAUCUAUCGGGAUCAUUUUAUUUGUUUAUUUUUUAUAGAUUGCUAAUAGACUCCUCAUAUCAGCGUUAAUUGACAUAGUUUUUAUCGCAGUCCUGUCCUCCUGAACUAUAUUGUAAAAAUACUCCUAUCAAAAAACUAGACUGUAGCACAGAUGUUAUUCUGCACCGUGUGGUUCUUCAGUGCUUGAAGUUUCUGCACCAGACAAACUUGAAUGUAUCUUUGUGCAAUUCAUUUAGAGAUCAUGCUCUUUACAAAUAUUGACUUAAGGAUAAUUUUAAUAAUUACAAGUGGAUAUUGUAUAGAUAUAUAAAAGCAUAUAUUAACUAAGCUGCAUUUCCAUAUACACUGCUCUAACUCCGCAAAUUGGCAUUCUGGUGAUUUCUUUCCAAAUUUCCCCUUUGGGAUAUACUGAAUGUCCUAUCGAGCUGCCUGUAGACUUGAUUUAAGCAGAGGCUUUAGUUAUAUACAGUGGUAGCCAAAGUAUCUACAUCCUCAAUUAAUUUCAGAAUUAUUCCUGAGUAACAUGCAAUGAAUGUUGAGUUUGAUCAGAUGUUUUGAUGUACUGCAGUAGAAACAUUAAGGCAUUUGUUUGGUGGAUAGACCAUCAGGAUGCACAUUACUGGAAGCAUGUUUUUGACUGCCUUGAAUGCAUGGUUUCAGAUACAUUGUCAUGGCAGUGUAGAGGGCAGUAAUACAUCAAGUAAAACGGCUGUUUGUAUUCUGAGGGUCAAAACAAUACUGAACCAUAUUUGGAGUUACUGUAAGAACACUCUCUUGAUGGAAAAUACUUUUUUGUACUGUAUAUGUAUUUAUCUUUUUAAUAUAAUUUUACUACUUAGGAAAUGUAAUUCAUAAGCAAUCCCUGGAGGAAGGCCUAGGCAAACUAGGCAGCCGUCUAGGAUGGCAAAAAAACAAAUAAUGAAAGCAAGGAAUCUGCCCAAUGUGCGAAGCACCGCUUCUGUGACGUUUAGCACCACAGUAACUGGCAUCACACUAAAGAAUUCGAUCCAAACACGCUCUUUCACACGGUAUGGAGUGAUCAAUAGUAAACCGAGUUAAUUCUAGCUGUUAUGCCAUUCUAUAGAGAAAAUAGCAUUAUGACUGACUAAUGGAGACGCAAAGUUUCAAGAAACCACUGGACAAGACAGGCAUUGAUUUUCGCCGUCAGAACAAGAAUUUGAUUAAUAAUUUGAACGUAUGUGAAUUUGCGGUGUUCUGUUCCAAUCUCUGAAGUUCCAAAUCAGUCGAUAAAAAUUUUAAGUAAUCUGAAUGUUGCCUAUCACAUGACACUGGCAAUUUUACUAACCUGUAAAGACGUAAUACUGUAGGCUACUAGUUAAAUGGAACCCGUCCCAGACAUGAGUUGAAUUUAGCGGUAAAAAAUAUUUUUUAUUUAUUUAUUUUUAAACUGACUAGCUAAGCUACUGUCAUCAGAUUCCAAUCUUCCUACUUACCCAUAUGUCAUAAUUACGGGGUGACCAGAUGGCUUUGUGUCACCAGUGACACAGAGUCUUUUGAUGACACUAUUUGGCAUAACACUGGGACGGGCUGAGACAGUUCAGGUUUACAGAUUCCCAUCAUCACCAAUCCGUUAACAGAUGUGUCGGGUUAUUCAGUUGAUCCGUGAUAAGCGAUUCGUGCAUCUCAGUUACAACUGUGAAAUGUAUCAAUAAUAAUGAUAAACUUGUGAAGUACUGUACUUCGUAUUUGUGUAUUUGCUGUGCAGACAAACACUGUUUGCUGCCUUCCUGUUUAAUAAUAGGCUACAUGCUUACCCUUACCCUUGGGAUAUGUGCCUGUAUUCUAAAAGCAUGCAGUUAGUUUAAUUACAGUGGGUGUAAUUAGACUGACAGUAUUUCGAAAGGUGGUACUUGUAGUUGGCGUGACAUCGUCUGUGUUGCCCUGCAGCCAUUUCUGCUAAGUUUAAGUUAUAAUUUUCAAAACGUAUGGUACAUUGGGAGUGUGUUUAGAUCAUUUGACUGCACAGAUUCAUGUUAAAUUGUGAUCCAUAAUGUGUGCUACGCAAGUUAAAAAGCUUUCUUUUCGGUCUGCCCCACAACCUACCGUUUUAAAAUGGUUGGAUAUGUCACUAUAGGGUUGUGUUCUUAAGCAAGAAAAAGCUAAUUUGCAAUAUCAAAGGAAUGUUGGUUAAUGCUUUUGCCAAAACAUUCAUUUUCAACCUGUACAUUUAGUUUCAUAUUACAGUUUAAAAUGAUGAUGUUAUUGAAGUUAUGAAACAGUCAUUUCAAAAUCCCAUGGGAAUACUGUGGGAAAUCCAUUUUUAAAAUCUGUACACGGUCCGUACAAUUUUUAAAAACAGAAACCAGCACACCGAACGAUUGCACAAUACAAGCUGAAUAAAAAACCUGUUGAUUUUUAAAAAUAAAUAAAAUAAUCAUUGCUUGACUGAUAUAAAGGUGCUAUGCUAGGCUUUGCCUAGCACCGGCCCUGCCAGUGAAAGGGAUUUGGAUAUACUGUAGCAACCUCUGCCUGCUCCGAAGCAUCCAUGUGUUCCAGUGCUCAUCUCAUAUGAUAACGGUUUGUCUACACAGUUCUUGAAUGAAAAGCACUUUUAAGAUAUUUUCUAUAAUUUUAGUGCUUGCUCAAGUGAACUAGAUCAAGAAAGAAAAUCUUGAUUUGUUUAUUUAACAUUCGCUCUUAAAGUUCAAGUGUCAUCACAGCACAGUGUUUUCUAAAUGACUCAAAUCUUUUAAGAUGUUAGUUUUACAGAUGUGAUAUGAAGUUAUAACCUAUAUUUAAACAUUUAAAACAAUCAACCAUAAAAAUCACAAUUUUUUUUUUUUUAUAUAUAUAUAACACAUUCAAAAUGUUCAGUAGCUUGGCAUUUCAUUCCUCGUUGCAUCCAAAUAUAAGGUUGUGCAGUUAUUGAGUAUAGAGCAUAUCUGAUUGAACUAAAAAAAUACAUUGAAUUGUACUUAAAGGGGCAUCAUUACCUUUUUUAAGUUCCAGAUUAUGGUUGUGGAAACAUGAUUAUGUUGUAUGUUGAUAGCUACAUGCUGUUACUGGAAGCUUCUUUAUCUGUAAUUCUGCAUUCUGUUGUGUAACUGAUGUGCACUGCGGUUCCCUGUUUCUCACGUCUUGGCAAAAAUCUUAGGUUUGAAAUAUCUUUGGAUCUAAGGCAGCUAGGCGUAACCAUAUAUUUGUUUCGUACAAUUUUGUGCUGUUCUACCUAUUGAUAUAAGGUGUUGAUUCACGUUCAUUUUUACGGAAUCUAUUAACCUGUAUUUGUGUUGACAUUUGACCUUUCCGUGUGCCUCUUAUUGCUUAUGUCUAAUUUCUGAUCAAUGUGCCUUUUGCUUUCCUUGAAGAGAGUGAGAAAACUAAAAUACUUGCAUGUAAAAUACAAUCAAGUUGCAUACAAUGAAUGUGCAUUCCCUUUAGUGCAAUAAACAUCUUUUUCAUAUUA